CUCCGUCUCGUUACUCGCUUUGCUACUUCAUUUCUCACUCUUCAGAGUAUGUAUAAGGUUAAAAGGCCACUUGAACAAAUGUUUGCUUCCGAAGAUUGGGUUAGUUCACCACUAUCUCAAACAACUCAGGGGAAGGUCGUGAAGAGAAUUGUUAUUAAUGAUCCCAACUUUUGGCCACAUGUUGCAUUUUGUGUUAAGAGUGUUGUUCCUCUUGUAAGUGUGUUAAGGGAAGUUGAUUCGGAGGAGAGAUCGGCCAUGGGAUAUAUUUAUGAACUUAUGGAUAAGGCAAAAGAGACAAUAAAAUUUAAUUGUGGGGGGGUUGACAGAAAAUACAAACCUAUUUGGAAAAAAAUUGAUUCACGAUGGACUCCACAACUUCAUCAUCCUCUACACGCGGCCGGGUACUAUUUGAAUCCGCAAUUGCGUUAUGAAGAAAGAUUUUCUUAUUGUGAUGAAGUUAGAGAUGGAUUGUAUACUUGCAUGGAUAGGAUGUUGUCUUCUGAUGAUCGUCUUAAAGCAGACAUCCAAUUGGACUUAUAUAAUAAAGCUGAAGGAGAAUUUGGAACUCCAAUAGCAAAACGAACAAGAAUGUUGCGAACUCCGGUCUCGUGGUGGGAACGUUUUGGAAGUAAGACACCCGAGCUUACUACAUUUGCAAUUCGAGUGCUUGGUCUCACUUGUAGUGCUUCGGGAUGUGAAAGAAAUUGGAGCACUUUUGAAUCGAUUCAUACAAAAAAGAGAAAUAGGCUUGAACAUGCAAAGUUGAAUGCGUUGGUGUUUGUGAAAUAUAACUUCAAGCUUAGGAGAGAAGUAUUAGGAGGAGAGACAAGAUUGAUCCCAUUGUAGUUGAUGAAAUUAAUUCAGAUGAUGAAUGGAUAACUGAGAAAGAAGGUCCAGUUCUCCCCGUAACUACUAAAUGGCUUGAAGAUGAUGAAUUAUUUGAAAGUGAUCCUAUUGUGAGUGUGCCAUCUGCUACCUUUGAAAGUCUUUUCGACUCAGAUAAGCGAGUCGAAGAUGUUGAGGAUAUAGUUGAAGUUGCUCCUACGAAUU